CAUUCGCUUCCGGCACCGGGGAGCCAGGCUGGGGUCGCUGAGGCGUGAGGUCGGGGCUUCGGGGGCAUUGACCUUUCCUGUCUGUCCGCCGUGCAGUCCUUGACCGUAGAGCCGAUCGGCCGGAACUGGCGCACAGGCCCCGGCGCCCUCUGGCUGCGCCAUGGUCCAGCUCACCUCUGUUCUGUGCAAGGCCUACCGUGGAGGCCAUUUAACCAUCCGCCUUGCCCUGGGUGGCUGUACCAACCGGCCUUUCUACCGCAUCGUGGCUGCUCACAGCAAGUGUCCCAGGGAUGGCCGUUUUGUAGAGCAGCUGGGCUCCUAUGAUCCGCUGCCCAACAGUCAUGGAGAGAAACUCGUAGCUCUCAACUUGGACCGGAUCAGACAUUGGAUUGGCUGUGGGGCCCACCUCUCUAAGCCUGUGGAAAAGCUUCUGGGUCUUUCUGGCUUUUACCCUCUGCAUCCCAUGAUGAUCACAAAUGCUGAGAGGCUGCGACGGAAACGGGCACGAGAAGUCCUCUUAGCGUCUCAGAAAACAGAUACAGAGGCUACAGAAACAAAAGCGAGCUGACUUAAAUGAGUGUAGCAGUGGAAAUAAGUUUAAGUCCAAUUAAAACAUUUGUGCAGAACUCUUAGUUUUAUUAGACUUAGAGGUUAAUAAAUGUACUUUUUAAAGUCA